UGCUUAGUAGUCUGUGCUCAACUCAAAUAUGUCAUGUGUCAUGCGUGAAUAAUACCUAUAAUGACCUACCUAUAAUGUGAUUUUCGUUCGAUUCAUGUUUUCUUUCUAUUACCUAUUGAGAAUAUGAACAAGUCUUGAUUUAUUCGUCUCGUUGAUUCCCGAUGUUCCGGCGUAAAAUCAAGUUUCCUUGAGACGUUUUCGUUCACCUUUUGUAUAAUCAUAUUGCACUUUGUGCAAACUGCAUUAUUGUGUUAUUGCUGUGAUUGACAGACGUGUCCAUAUAAUUAAGGCAGUUUCCAUGUGCCAGUGGGUUCUCUGGACGCAAUAAUAAUGGUAAAACAUAAAGAAGAUUCAGAAUCGAAAGAUGCGGACGCGGCGUGCGAGCCGCGCUUCCGCGUGCGCGUGUGCAUGCAGCGCGUGUUCCGCGACGAGCGAGCCCGCGCCUACGUGUGCGUCACCCCGCGCCGCCGCGUGGCCUGGCUGCAGCGCCGCCUGCGCCGCCUGUUCCGCCUGCCGCCGCACCGCCUGCUCAGCCGCGGCCAUCUGCUGCCGCCCGACGAGCCGCUCGCGCUGCUCGACCGCGACGACCCCGUCGAGUGCGUACCGCACACCCCGCCCGCCCGACGCGCCCGGCGACGUCAAUGUUCACUUCAUUGUCCUUUCCAGGGUGGUUCCUGUUUCCACGAAAGUCGACACGGUGCCCGCAGAAGACGUUUCGUACGCUCCCGUUGACGCCGCGCCUAUGGCUACAGGAGAACUCGAACGCUCGCCGUCGCCCGACCGUGUGGACGUACUCACGGAAACCAAGCGGCAGGCUCUCUUAAUACUGGAACAAUACAGUGCAAAGCCCGCGCCGGUCGGGCAGGACGCCCCUGAUGGGCAGGACACGCCAGACGGACAGGAUGCGUCCAGCGCGCCGGACGGGCAAGAUGCGCCGGGCGCGUCGGACGACUGCGACACACCGGCGCGGCCGCGGCGUCGUCGCGUGCGCCGCCGCCGCCGCGUGGCACCGCUUGCCGAGCCGGCGCCGGGCGACGGCGACCGGGCGGCGCCGGGGUCGGGCGACUGCGCGGCGGUGUUGCGCAACGAGCUGCAGCCGCGCGCGCCGCGCGUGGUGCGGCCGCUGCCGCCCGCGGCGCCGCUCUCCUGCCUCGCCCUGCCGCUGCCCAUUGCCGACUUCACGUGAUUGACCUGAAUUAUUAUUAGAUUAUGAUAAGUAUUCUUAAUAAAAUAUUGAACAGUAA